CUGCAAGUGUGCUCACAUUGGUAAGAUGACUAUCACCACUUUUAUAUCCUCAAUAUUUAGGUACUUGUGGUUAUAUGCUUCAUGUAACAGAAUUAUAAAUUUUAACAAUUUCUGCAGACUUGACUAGUAUCUUGCUAAUGUUUGCUGCAAUGAAAAACUGUAAGGUAGUGAUAAAUAAUUUUACUAUCCAGAAAGACUUGGAGGCAAACACAGUUUUAUUUUUUUCAACCACAGAAUAGACUCGCAUUAACAAGCAUAAAAGGUUUUUUCCCCCCAUCACCCAUUACAAUUGUUUUUCGUUAGUAUCACUUUAAUCCACGAGGUGGCGCCCUUGCUGGCAUAACUGAUGUGAAAUUGAGAACUGAUUUCAAACUUCAUAGAUCGCUUAGAAAGCGUGUUUCCGAGAGUGAUGCAAGUGGAUAAAAGCGUUAAAAAUAGCUAGGGGUCUAAAUGUAUGCUCGAUUUAGGAAGUAGACGAAUUAGUAAUUACUACGUAUUUUUAUUUUGAAAGGGAAAUAUUGAAUUUUUUGUGUUUCCAAAUCACUAACUGCAUAUAUAAGAUAUUACAUUCACAUACAUUUUAAUUACAUCUUACCACGUUUGGAUAUAUUUAAGAUCCAUGUAAUGGAUAUAUAGACUGAGAGAGAGAGAGAGAGAGAGAGAGAGAGAGAUAAGAUAGAUGAUCGAUAGAUCGAUUUAUAGAUAGAUAGAUAUACAGACAGACAAACAGAAGAUAGAUAGAUAGAUUUAUAGAUAGAUGAUAGAUAGAUAGAUAGAUAGAUAGAUAGAUAGAUAGAUAGAUAGAUAGAUAGAUAGAUAGUUUAUGGUUUAUUGUGAUGUCGGACAGAUAGAUAAGAUGGACAGACAGAUGACAGACGGACAAACAGAUAACAUUUUUUGUUUUAUUGUGAGGUCAGACAGGCAAACAGAUAAAAGAUAGAUAGUUUGUGGUUUAUUGGGAUGGUGAUGUCAGACAGAUAGAUAGAUAAGAUGGAUAGACAGACAGAGAGAUGGACAGACUGACAGUUUAUGGGUUAUUGUGAUGUCAGACAGAUAGAUAGAUGAUAGAUAGAUAGAUAGAUAAAUGAUAGAUAGAUAAAUGAUAGAUAGAUAGAUAGAUAGAUAGAUAGAUAGAUGGAUAGAUAGAUAGAUAAAUGAUAGAUAGGAUAGAUAGAUAGGUAAAUGAUAGAUAGAUAGAUAGAUAGAUAGAUAGAUGGAUAGAUAGAUAUUGAGAUGUCUCCAGUGCAAAUCACAAUAGUUGGUUGGAUGCAUAUGCAAACCACUUAAAUAUAAUGCAUAUUUAGCAAGUACACUCCAUCACAUAUAUUUCACAGCUGGGAGGUAUAAAUAUGACGUUAAAGCAAACAGAGUGAAAGGUUUUCCAAGUUGUAUGUUUGAAGCAAAGGGUAUACUUUUAGAAACUUGUCAAAAUGAUUUUCAUGAAUGUUUUUGAACUAUAAUGUGCCAUCAUCUGGACUCUACUUAUACAACUGCAGAAUGAGCUAAGCAAACAGUUCUUCAAUAAGAAGGGAAAGUAAGAUGACCAGAAUGAAAUGUAUGUGAUGCCUUAUGCUGAGUGUCUGUGAAUGAUCAUGUCAGUGGUAUUGUACAGUGUGUCCAUUCAUUACUAUUACUUAUGGAAGGACAGAAAUUUCUGCAGCAUUGACAAAUCCAGGAGAUAAAGAUGAAGAUAAAGCCAUUGCAGAAUAAAAGAACAGAGGACCCUGUCAGUGUGCUUAAAAUGUAGCCUUUACAGUACUUUGUACAAAGUGCUUAGCAAACUGGCUCAUGAGCUGACAAUCUAGUGACUCUAGUAGAGUUUUUUUUAUACUAUACUGAUAUAUAUAUAUAUAUUGAUCUACACCAUCAGAGAGCUAUAGUAUAGAUAUAUAUAUUAACAGUGUCCCAUUUGGGAUAAAUGCCCACUGUGUGAUCAAUGCCAUGUGCUGGUUACAUUUCUUGCCAGAAAUUUUCUGUGUGUCUCGGGCCCAAGUUAUGGUAAGGUAAUUGAGGGGUAGAUUGCACUUUACAUUGCACACAGCCAUUAGUAUAUGUGCUUAUACUUCGAUCUAUAUAUCUGAUAGCAAUUUGACUGCUGAGUUUAGAAAAUGAAUACAUGUAGUGUGUCUAGAUAGAGGAAUAAUCCAUGGAUUUGGAUGGUGGAUCAAGUAAGAUUAAGGUGGAGAAGUAGAAGUGUGCUUCCUAUUACAGACUAAUAAAUAACAUACCAGUGUGUUUAGUGUGUCGUAUAUAGGGAUAUUUACUGAAGUGUGGAUUAUUGAGAAUCCAAAGUUAAUUCAAACUUCAAACAAUAGCCAAACUGAAACCAUUGCUCUAAUAGAGAUUUUUUUUAAAUCUGUUCAGACCUAAAAAUUCCAAUUCGGUUUGAAUUCACUUUAAAUUCCUUACAAUUCAUACUUUAGUGUAUAUCCCUAAGGGAUAUGUCUGCCUUGGAUUUUGUAGAUUACAGUACUUGAUUUGUCAUGGAUCCUGUGCCUGGCAGAGUUUAUCAAUGAAAGGUGAAAACGAGCGCCAAAACCACUGCAGCUGGUUGUAGUGGUUAUGGUGCAAAAGGGUAUAGUAAAGUCCUUCUAAUUCUGCUGGUUCAAAUGGUUUGAUAAGCCUGGGGUGGUUCACUGGUACCAUGAGCCGCCUUCUCUACUGGAUGCCAUAAUAAAUAAGUGAAACCACUCAUAAUUCAUACAAAAUAAUUAUGCAGUCAGAGGCAGUGUGAGUAGUGACAUCAGAGGACCAAUGUUAACCCUUUGGGAGAGGCUGGGACACUUUUAACCCUUUCAGUGCCACAGUAUUGACACAGGAUCAAGUGACAAUUUUAGGCCCAGAUGAUUUGACAUACAUCUCAUUAUAUAUGAGUGGGAGUUUUUUUCAUAUCACCAAUUUUAAGUAUGAUAUGACACACACAACUGCCACAUAUAUUAAUACAGGAUAGUACUAGGGGGGCUUUUCAGUAAAUAACAAAUUUAAAUGAUUUGACACUAACAAAUUUAAUUCUAAGAGGACUGUUUACCAAUAGUGAACCAUAGAAUUGACAUACAUAACAUGUAGGCUCUAAGAGCUGACAAGGAAAAUAUCUCUGAUUGGGGUGAGUUGCAGACUGUAUUUCAAGCUUGGUCAGUGUGGACAUCUAAUAGUCACUUCACCACAAUUGCCUGUUUAGUAAAUAUAUCUCUUAGAUCAGUAGGUGUAAACUUGUCACACUCUCCAGAGGGCUAGUCACCGAACCAAGAAUUGAUGAGUAUUAUAAUAUUUAGGCCAAACUAGUUAAACUAGAGAAAUUGUCGAGUUGGCAUAUUUUCCAAGUAUGCUAUAUUUGCUAUAUUAUAUGCCAUUGUACAGCGCUACGGAAUCUGAUGGCGCUAUAUAAAUAAUAAAAUAAUAAUAAUUUGAUUGAAAAUUAAAAUUCCGUAAAAAAUAAAAAAUGUAAAUAAAUAAAAUAACAAUAAAACAAUCCGAUUUAAUGAAUGUUCAUUUAAAACUUUGAAACUGGCUACAAUUCACCUUUGAGCAAGCAGACUCACUGUAGCUGUUUUACACUAGAAUGUACAGUUAGCUCCUCACACAGACAGUACAUGCAUGUUUUACUGUAAAAUAUUAUUAUCACACAGUUAUCUCAGGACAUCUUCCCUAACUCCAGCCAUCGCAGAAAACCCCUUUCUCUGUUCUUCUGAAGCUGUGGUUGUAAAUGUUCCACCGCACAGGGCAGCCAGACACUUUCCAAAACGGAUCUCAAAAACUGCCUCACUGUUUGCUGCUACAUUUAGUUUCCAGCAGACACUCAAAGCACAAAGUCAGAUUCCGUGAGUGUGAGCUAUUUUUUUUUUCUCCUUCCUCGCUUGCGGUUACAAUGAACAGCCUCGAGCAAAUUGGUAUUUUUUUUUUUUUUUUUUUUACUGUACAUCUUCGGAUCAGAUCGCUGUUUCCGAAGUUUAAUUUUUCCGGAAGGUGUCCUAUAUAUGGUGCAUAGAGGAGGUCCUGGCAGUCCCGGAUCUUUGCCUUUUUAGGUGAGCCCUGCCUAGACCGGAAUCCCUUGCAGAGGGUGCUUGCACUGAGGAAAUCUGCUCCCCAGGGUCCCCCCUGGUGUCAAACCCCCUUAAUGCAUUCAUUUAGUGGCAAGCAUUUAUUGCAUUGCGCCAGGCUCAGCGCGUGCAUUGCGGCUGCUGCGACGCAACGUUCCAAAAAAGCUGCAACAAUGUAUCACUGUAUCACAAACAAACCCAUUCAUCCCCUAAACCCCGCCCACGUCCCCCAUUCAUAGCCUGGCAAACCUAAUGCAAAUCCCUGACGAUUGGAUGGGCGGGGAGCCCAGCCCCUAUUCCUCAGUCCUUAUAUGGGCAGUGACGUCGCCAGCAUUCAAAGCUAGUGAAUAAAUACUUAGUGCAACACUUUCCAUUUACUGAGCAGUUCAAUUGAUUAACAGCCUCAGCAAAGGAUACUUGUUACAAUAACACUACUACAACUGCUUCUUCACUUCAAACUAAAGAUCUGGGACCAAUGACAACCUCCCAUGUUUACUCUUUUUUGAUACUUUGCUAGUUUGCCUUUUUUUUUUUUGCACAUUGGAUUCAGUUACUUACAGUGACCAAUAAUAAAAAAAAAAAGACUUCUAGUUUCAUAGGAGUUUUGAAGGGAGUUUUUUUUGGCUCAGGAGGAUUCUCUGGGCAAAAGGCAGUUGAUGAGAUGAUGACUGCCAAAACUGUGGAGAAAAUCCCAGUGUCAAUAGGCAGUUUUGUACAUCAGAUACCAGACAGCAUGUAUCCUAUGGAUGAGUCGACUUUGCCAACAUCAGUUACUUUCUUUCCUAAUGUUGAUUUGGGAGGACCAUUUGACCAGAUGAGCAGUGUCACUGGAGGUAAGUCAUUUCCUAAACUGAUUUUAUUCCCCUGCAUUUAUAUAGUCGCCAGGAUGAAUACCUUUGAGGGAUGCUAUGCUCAAUACUGAAUAUUUUAUGUUUCCUACAGGUAAUAUUUUAUAGACAUAGUGAAUGGGUAGGUACAGGGGUGUAAAAGAUAUAGCUUACUGACAUUUACUUUGCAUUGUUUUUCAAUAUCUUUUUGUUCGUGCUUUGCCUACUUUACGUUGACUUUAAUACACAUUUAGAAUAGGUAACACCUAUGCCAUCAUCUAGUUAUGGAUAUCUUAGUUAUUAAUGGAUCUUUUACCCUGGUGUAGGUUUUGUACCUCAAUUCUUCAGAGAAGUUCAGAGUCUGUGGGGCUUAUUCACUAAACAGCGAGUUCUAGCGAAUAGAAUUGUAAAAAUGUAGAAUUGAAAAAAAAAUAGAUAAAAUCAGUCAGACUGCGAUGUUAGCUGAAUUGAAGAAUUUUUUUUCAAAAGUAUCUAUUUUUGCAAAGCAAUUUUCAAUUCCCUACAACUGGCUGUUUAGUGAAUAAGCCCCUUUAUGUAUUACCCAGGCUUGUUAUCUCCUGGUCAUGAAAAAAGGAAAGCAUCCAAGUGUUAAUAAUACUUUUAUUUCAACAUAAACCAGCAUGUAUCUGAUAUAGUGAAGGUAGGUUUAAACCUGUGAUGUUAUGGAGAGAGACCUCAUGAGAAACGUGUUACAAUGAAAAGUCAUUUACAUAUAUAACUGACAUGCAUUAAAAAAAUAUAUAAGAAAAAAAUCUAAACAAUAGUUGUUUUUUAAAUUUUCAUUUACAGAUGGAAUGAUCAGCGUCGAUAUGAACAGUGACAAGAGAUCCCUUGAUCUACCUUACCCCGGCAUCUACCCUUCUACACCACGCAACCAGACUUUUACCUACAUGGGCAAAUUUUCCAUUGAUCCCCCGUACUCAGGGACCAGUUGGAAUCAUGAUGGUUUCUUCAACAUUGUCAGUGCUGGGAUCCUGGGAAUGACAUCUUCACCUACAACUUCCUCCACCGCUUCAUCUUUGUCCCCAAACCCUCUGUCCAACGUGAGCUGCAACAUGACCCAUAAUCAGAAUGAGGUGGACCACCACAUGUACCCAACACCACCACCACCCCCUUAUUCCAGCUGUGCUGAGAUACCUGUAUAUCAGGAUUCAUCCUUCCUCAGUACCUCCACUGGGACAUCCCUGUCCUACCCUCCCCCUUCCUAUCCAUCCCCUAAGGCAGGCUCUGAUGGUACCAUUUUCAACAUGAUCCCAGACUAUCCUACCCUCUUUCAGCCUCAGUGCCAAAGAGACCUCCAUAAUAUGCCAGACCGCAAGCCCACCUUCAACUGCCAAAGGGACACUCUCAUAGUGCCACCACCACUCACGCCACUGGCUGUCAUCAGCGAGUAUAGACAAGGAGGCACCAAAUCUGAAGCUUCCAGGAUGCCAAGCGUCUACAGUCCACAGAACUUGCCACUGCGACCCAUCCUUAGACCCAGGAAGUACCCCAACCGUCCCAGUAAGACCCCAGUGCACGAGAGACCAUACCCAUGCCCGGCAGAGGGCUGUGAUAGACGCUUCUCUCGUUCUGAUGAACUAACCAGGCACAUCCGCAUCCACACCGGCCACAAACCCUUCCAGUGCCGCAUUUGCAUGCGGAACUUCAGCCGCAGCGACCACUUGACCACCCACAUACGCACUCACACCGGCGAGAAGCCCUUCGCUUGCGACUACUGCGGCAGAAAGUUCGCCAGGAGCGACGAGCGCAAGAGGCACACCAAGAUCCAUCUCCGCCAGAAGGAGAGGAAGAGCUCGGCGGGCGGCACCACGGCGACAUCUAGCGGCAGCACAGGGCACGACCGCGCUUUAAGCCUCAGCCCACCAUCUACAGGCAGUAUCUGCUCUGCUAGCUCUAACAAUGGCCAGAUGGGACUGUGCCCAACCAGGACUGCAUAACAAAAAUCUCCCAAACCCCAAAACCCCAGACUUUAUUAAUAUUAUUUUUACUAGACAAGGUGAACAACGAAAGAUCACUGCCAGUCAAAGGCGAAAAAGCAUGAAGACAUUUUUUUUUUAAAUCCUACUAUUGGCACAGGGGCAGCCAAGUUACAAAUAAGUUUUAUGUUUACCAAGUGGUUAUAUUUAUCACGUGAGUUAUAAAAGCACUAUAAAAACCCAGGUCUUUUGUCCCAAUCUGCUACUAAGCAAAAAUGACUACCACUACAUGACCCCAUAUCCCAAAAAUCCAUUUAUAUGGUUUAUACAUAUAAAAUGUUAUGUGCAAGAAAGGAAUUGAGAAAUCAAUAUAGAUCUAUCUAUCUUACACAUUUAAAUAUAUGGGUACUAGAGUUAUAGAGUGUGCAGUGCCAAUGCAUAGGUAGUGAAAUUUUACUUUAACACUUAAUAUGCCAGUUGUGAAGGGCAAUUUUGCAUUGCCCAGGGAGAGUGUUAGAAAUGGUGUUAUGUAACUCUAAGACAAAAUUAUAAUUUUUCUUGCCAGGUAUACUUUUUUUUGUUUUUGUUAUACUGACAGUAUAUAGAUUUUUUUUUUAAAUUCCUGGUUUGCUUUCAGGAAAAUAUGGGUGACAUGGUGACUUUGAUGGGUGUUUUUUUUUUUGGGACACCUGCAGUAGCCAUAUAACUGUGCACUUUAUAAGCUUCAGGACUGCUCUGGGCCAGCGGUUUGAUAUGAAGAGGUACUUUUGGAAUUUUAACGCCUAUUUUGGUUUUCGACAUUUUCUAACUAAUAAUGACUAUAUUUAACCAAUACAGUGUGACUAUCACAAGUGCUAUCUGAAGGUGCAAUUAUCAUAUUAAGCACUGAUGAGGUGGACGGAAAGUUUAUAUAUGUUUCUAUCAAUACAUGUCUAGGGGGUCUUUUCACUUCCCCAAUGAACUGUUAGAAAUAGAAAAUCAAAUUUGUAAAAUAAGGCCAAAAUUGCCAAGUUAGAAAAAAUGUCCAACUCAGAUAUAAUCCAAACUUGGCUAUUCUGGUUUAAAAUUGAUCAAAUUUAGGUUUAUAUUUAACACCGUGCACUGCUCAGUGAAUAAUCCCCUACAUGUAUAUUUAUAAUUACACUUUAGAUUGUCUGUAUAGUUGAUCUGCACUGUUCUCAGAGCUAACAACCUUGAAGUAGAUUUAAAGUACAAUUUGUGUUAUGUAAUAUAAAAGCCAGAGGAGUUAAUUUAUUUAAGAAUGUACAUAGAUUCUAUAUAAUGUUAGAAAAAUCAUGCAUCAAUGUUAAUCAGUAUUCUUGGUGCCUUGUGUGAUGACAGGGUGGGGCGAGCUGUGGUCCUCUUUCUGCCAUUGAUCUGCAACUCCUACCAUCCCCAGCCAAGAUUGGUAGGAGUUGCAGUCUUACAAUGGAGCAAGGGUCACAGAUUGUGCAAACCUAAUGUAGACACUCUUCUCUUUGUUUGCAUGUAUAUACAGGUUGCCAAUGCCUUAUAAAUGAGGAAAAUGGUCCCAAGCCACAUAUAGUAUAGCUGUACAUUACUGCCAAUAAAUAUUUCACAUUGUUUAGAAUCUCUAUUUUUGUACGCACUGUUUUGUGACUCAGAAGUGAUAACUUUGUAGUACAGAUUUUAAAAGACAAUGGUUACACACACAAAUCAUACUGAUGGGACUGAUUUCUCAACUGUUAACUGAAAAACAAUGUUAAGAGUAUAUGUUUACUUUAUUACUAUCCAGCCACUAACUGGAAUUCAAUAAUGAAAUGUACUGAAAUUUGGUCUGUAAAUAAAUAUCUUUCAAUUAUA